AAAAAUUUUAUUUUGUAAAUUUAUUAAAAUAAUGUAACAUAGCUUCUUCAAUUUAGCUCUAAAAUUUUUUAUUUAUUUAUAAUUUUUAAUUAACUAUUGAGUUUUAUCAAGUUAUCAGAUAAAUUUAACUAGUUGCUAUUAAACCUGUGAUAGGGUUAACCUCGACAAUAACCUGGAGUAGAAUAAUAGUUUAAAUAAUUAAAAUAUGGAAAGUGAUAAUUUAUUAGCAAGCAUAGAUGAGGUCGAGAAUACAAUUAACAGAUUCUAUGCUGGAGGAGCACCACAUCUUCACAAUGUCCUUCUGCAUUUUCAAGCAUCUCCACAGGCUUGGAACCUCGUCUGGGCUUUGUUGGAUCCUUCGAGGUCAUGGAGCGCUCAAUUUUUUGCGGCUACCACUUUGCAAACCAAGAUAUUGAAGCAAUGGGAUGAAAUACCGGCUACAGAUUACCCGUUUUUAAAAAAUGAACUCCUUAGAAGAAUAGUAUCUCCAAGAACACCAAAGGUUACUGUCGCUAAAUUAUUUGAAGCUCUAGCGGCAUUUCUGUCAAAUUACUACGGUACAGAUGACAGAACUGAGAACGGCGAAAAUAAAGAAUUAAUGGAUGAUUUAUUAGGAAUGUUACCGUACAAUAAUCCUGAAACACUAGAGAUCUUACUCGGAGUAUUUCUAGCUCUUUUACUAGACGUUGAAAAAAGAAAAGGAACCAAACGUACAAAACUCCGUCAACAAUUAGGCCUAAACGAGAACCCAAGCGAGAACUGGAGCAAAUCAACCUGGCUACUAAAGCAAGUAUUCACCACCUACGCAGAGACAAUAUCCGACGAGAACAAUUUUUUCUUCAUGGCUCUAGAGUGUGCGUUGCUCUGGAUAAAAAUGUACCCUCCACUAGACUUAAUAAACCAAUUAUUCGAGCACUUUUUAAUAGCAGCAGCGCACUACGUCCCUAAAAACGACGACUUGGACGACGAGAGCCGAGGCUGGGACGUGUCCCGAGAAAUCCUGUCUACCGCAAUGAGCCAAGAAGGUCUCCUAAAAAGACCGGCUUUAUUCUGGGAGUGGACCCGAGCCCUAGUGACUCUAGCCCAGCAAAACGGGAACGUCAGCUUCGCUUCAAUCCUCACAGGCCUCGGCGAGACGAACACCCGAACACUUCUCCUAGCGUUGGUCCAGGAGACUGAUGAAUCCAAGCGCUGGACAGUGGAGACAUUAAUAAACCUGCUGAUCAGGUGCUCGGAGUACCCCGGGCGUUACGCUACUCAAGAGCGUUACAGCAGCAUUCCCUUAGGCUUCUGGUUCUCGCUCCAAGAUCACAUAUCUAUGUUAGACACUCCUCUGGACGUUCAAGUGCGCCACGCAUUGAAGCCCAUUUAUGUGAGGCUAGUUCAUGUUCAGCUUCAAAAAAUGACCUUGCCAUUGUCUCCAGAAGAAGCUGGAACCGCCGAGGAGCGAGAAGUAUUCCGGUGUUACCGCCAAGACAUCGCCGAUAAUAUGACUUAUUGUUUCAAUAUUAUUGGCCAGGAAUUGCUGGUGAUUUUAGGCCAGCGGCUCAGUCCACCGUUGAUUGAUACCUUGAAGUGGGUCGACGUUGAAGCAACGCUCUAUUCUUUUCAAGCUUUGUCAGACUGCGUGGAGACAAACGACCUGGAAUGUGUCCCAGCUUUAAUGAAUUUAAUCAUCACCGGGAUUUCUUACGACAAAUAUCCCGAUGAAGUUUUAGCUUGUGCCUGUUCAACAAUAGCAGCUUAUGCUGAGUGGUUGGGAGAGAACCCAGACCCGUGGCUCGAAAGGUCGCUCCAACUAAUAACUUACAGCUUAACUCAAAGCCCGAUAGUGCUCGCACGAGCGACGAUGGCCCUCAAGGACAUCACGCGCGAGUGUCAGGAGAAUUUAGCUACUUUAGCACCCUCCAUUCUUGAUACAAUAAGCAAGACUUUGAUGGUCCUGCCGACUGGAAGCAACGAGGGGUUGAGACUAAUGUAUGCUGCGGGUAAAUUAAUAAACGCUUUGAGGACUACUGAGGAACAGCUGCAGUACCUAGAUGCGACUCUUGGGCAGUGUGUUUUAAAACUCCGCGAGCUCUUGCAGAAUCCUGUUCUAGAAUUUAAAGAAAAUGUUACAACGCAGCUCAGGAUGGCGACUAUGUUCUUGUCUACGCUGGAAGGAGCUAUGGGAAAGUCGGUACUUGAUGGACUGAUGCCGACUUUUAAUCAGAUUGUCGCGCAUCCGGAGUUGAGUCAAAAUGAUGUGGUCUUGGAUGCUAUGUACAAUUGCGCGCAAAGGGCCUUGCAGUGUCUCUUGCAUCCGGAGAAAGAUUCCAAGUCUUUGUUGAAGUUGCUGGUUGAUGCUUAUAAAAUUAGACCUCAUCCAGCGGCGUUGCAGUUGCUCAGGCAAGUUGUUCUGCUGUUUGGGACGGAUUCUAAUAAUACUAUGGGCCCGAUUUUUGCGGAAAUUGGAGGACAUACUCUGAGUGGUUUGGAUUCUUGCAGCUCUUCUGGAGGGAAUUUGUCAGACUUUGGAGACUUGCUGGAAGCUUACUUGGGUUUGUUAGGACAAAUUUGUAAAAAGACACCUAAAUUAAUGCUACAAGUUCCUGAAUAUAUCAGCAAUAUGUUGAGAUGUGGAAUAGUUUCUCUAGGUCUUCCAGAAACAGCAGUGAUAAAAGCUGCUGCUACUUUCUUGAUACACGCAAUAGCACAAAGUCAAAUUUCAUCGUAUGUUGAAAAUGUUGGAGCUGAGCUUGUUGCCAUGAUAAUGGAUUGUAUUGGAGGUAAAGUGGCGCGCAGCAAUCUUGAGCAUCAUUCUCAAGUACUGCACGCAUUAAAUAAUUAUUUCAAAAAAAAUAUCGGUGCUUGGAUACGUUCCGCAUUAGAGGAAGGAGUUUUAUCAUCCCUCACACCAAGCCAAAAAGAAACUCUUACUCGCAGUAUUUUAGCAGAGCGCAAUAAAGGCCGGCUGAGUGAAAUGUUACAAAAAUUUAGUUUAGAAUAUUCAAAGCCCGUCGUCGGGCUUUAGUUUUUAUUUAAAACACAAAUGGUUUAAUCGAAUUUUUUUAUCGAAUUUUGUAAUUACAUUUUUUUUUAUUUAGUUUUAAUCAGCGACGGCUGUGUAAGAUUUAAAACAUUACUUAUUUAGAGAAUUUUAAACAUGUGAUUUAUUGUUCAUUGUAAAUGAUUUUUUUUAUACAUAUUGUGAAAUUAUUUUCCAUUGAAAAUAUGCCAUAUUAAUUAAUUAAUUCAUUAUAAAUUUUAUUUAUAGAGUAAUGUAAAAAACUAUUCUUGUAUGAUCACAAUAAAUCUUUAAAUAUUAA